UUUCAUGCUCCUUCUCCUUGCUCUCAUCCCUGCCUUCUUAUUGCAUGAUAUUGAUACCCACAAGCUUGUUUCCGCCAACAAUGAAUUGAUCGAGCUAGAAUGCCACAACACAGAAACCCCAGAACUUUGUAUGGAGUGUCUAAAGUCAGACCCAAAAUCCCAAUACAGUGAUGAGAUAGAAAUUGCCAGAAUCAUCACAAAUUGUCUGAGCAACCACUCAAAACAUUUGGCAGCCAAUAUGUCUGGGCUUGUUGUUGUAGUCUCGGAGGAGAGGUUAAAGGCUGCUUGCGAAGCCUGUAGCGGAGGGUAUUCUCGGGCAUAUAAGCAUCUGUCUGAAGUGCUCUCAUACUUGAAGAGAGGGGAUUAUGACAAGGCUGGCCAUUCUGUACUUAUAGCCCUCAAAUUUCAACUAAGUUGCCAGAAGAGUAUUAAGAGCCAAAAAUGGAGUCUUCCAGAGAGCAUUGCUUAUGAGAUGAAGGUUUAUGAAGAUCUUUCUCAGGAUGCUAUGAGAAUAAUUGAUCGGCUCUAGCUCUCUCUAUGUAUAUGUAUGUGCUAAUUAAUUUACUCUCUUAUCAGCCAUCUCAGAUAAAUAAAGACAUACAUUAUGUAGUGCUUGACCAGUCCAAAUCAAGUAGAAAAUUAAGAAACAAGAUCGGAGAGCUCUAAAUUCUUGAUUUAUUUUAUUCACUUAAUAGUUGCAUCAAGCCCUUCGUUG